AUGUACUACCCAUUCACCUCAAAGACUGAAUGGGAGGUUGUGAAAUGGGUGAAACUUCAUGGUUCAAGUUCUACCACAUUUUUGGACUUGCUCUCCAUUGACGGAGUCAAACAAGUUGUCAUCACUGGAGAAGCAUUUGAUGUCUAUUACCAUGAUAUCAUCAAAUGUGUCAAGUCUUUGUAUAGUGACCUGGACUUCGCAAGAUAUCUCACAUUUGCCCCAGAGUGGCAUUACACUGACGAAGACCAGACAGUUUGUCUAUUCCAUGACAUGCAUACUGGUAAGUGGUGGUGGGAAAUGCAGAAAAAGCUUGAUGAACAUUGUCCUGGUGGAACCAUAGUUCUGAUUAUUAUUUCCUCAGACAAAACACAAGUGACAAUGUUUUGCAACAAGACUGCCUACCCCAUAUAUCUUACAAUUGGCAACAUACCAAAGGAAAUCCGGCAUAAACCUUCAUGUGGCACACAUAUCCUGCUUGCUUAUCUGCCAACAACCUGCCUUGAACACAUGACCAACAAAGCAUCUUGCUGUCGCACUAUUGCAAAUUUGUACCAUGCAUGUUUAUGCCGUGUGCUCGCUCUGCUGAAACCUGCUGGAUUAGAUGGUGUUCUCAUGCAUAGCGGAGAUGGUGCUCUUCAUUGUUGUCAUCUGUUGUUCACAAGUUUUGUUGGCGACUAUCCAGAACAACUCCUGGCCACAGGUAUCAAGUUCAGAGAGUGCCCGAAGUGCGACGUCAAAGCCAAGGACACAGGAAGCAACAUGGUCCCAUUUCACUUGCGAAAACUUGGUGAGGUACUGGAUGCACUUGCUGCACUAGACCAUGGAAAUUUAGCAUUUGUGUGUGCAUGUGCCACAGCAGGCGUCAGGCCCAUCAUUCAUCCUUUCUGGGAGGAUCUCCCUUUUGCAAAUAUUUUCUGGGCUAUCACACCAGAUGUGCUGCACCAGCUAUAUCAAGGCUUGAUCAAGCACCUCCUGGGAUGGUUAUCAGCAGCUUUUGGAGCUGCAGAAAUUGACACUUGUUGUCGGUGGCUACCUCCAAACCAUCAUAUCCACAUAUUCACCAAGGGCAUCACAUGCUUAUCACAUGUAAGCGGUGCUGAACAUGCGCAGAUAUGUUGUUUCAUCCUUGGCAUCAUAAUUGACAUAUCCUUGCCCGACAAUCUUGAUGUGAGUCAUCUUCUUCGAUCAGUGCAGGGGCUACUCGACUUCCUAUAUCUUGCCCAAUACCCUUGUCACAGCUCAGAGACACUUCACUCACUAGAUGAGGCAUUAGAUCUUUUCCACGAAAACAAGGAGAUUUUUAUUCAACUUGCAAAAGAUGCCUACUGUGCCACCAAUCACAAGGAUGAGUUUAUUCAAAUGACGUGCUGGCUUGAACAAAAGGAGAAGAUUUUAUGGCACCUGAAGUAUGUUACUUGGUGUCUUGCUGGUGGCCACCAGUCUGAGCCCUAUCAUUCACAUCCACCUGAUAUGACUUUCAGACAUGAACUAGUCAUGACAAGACACCCUAGUGCAAAGGCUGUCAGCAUUCAAAAACUUGUUGAAGAUUAUGGCGCAACUCAUUUUCAUGAGGCCCUCACAUGCUAUAUCACACGCCACAGUCAAAGCGGCCAUCCUGAGCCUCUCCAAGAUCAAGCACUUGAAAAUUUAGCAGGCAACAUUCAUUUUCCAUUCCAAAGUCUCCCCGUCUUUCAUAAGAUCAAGUGCAAGGGACAUGUAACCUUGGACAGUGUCCAUGCAAAACCGCAACAGCGGUCAGGCUCUCGUCUGGUUGCUCACCGGUGCCAUUUGGUUGCUAAUAACUACUUACCGACUCGUCUAGCCAUCUUUGCCUUACCACCAAAAUCAAUACCACUGCUUUUCCCACCAACAUUUGACAUUCCUCCUCACCUUGCAUAUAUUGAAUGGUUUACUCCAUUCCCAUCCACUCCUGACCGAAAUAACGGACUUUACAAACUCUCAAGAUCAAUGCGCAGCAGUGACAGAGUGGCUAGUGUUGAGCUGGUGGGUGAUAUUGAGCAUAGCGUCCACCUUAUACCAAGGUUUGGGGACAUAGCCCCACAAGAAUGGACGAGUGAGACUGUUCUUGAUGACUGCAACACAUUCUGGUUGAACUCAUAUAUAGAUAGACAUAUUAAUAAUUUUGCAAAUUUAGCCCAGGAGGGUUUUCCUGAUGUGCAGCAGCCUCGUGCCCUCCAGCUGGGAGCUAGAUAA